AUGUCCACUCGCUUCUCCUCUUCUUUCCUCUAUAUUCUACUUGCCUUGACAGCUUUUGUCGCUACAAGCUGUGCAUUCACAACCUUCAACUAUAAUUACUAUCCUCGCGGCGAGACCGCUACAGUUCAAAAUACUAUUGCCGAGGUGGCUCGCGAGACCCCAGCUGUCUAG